GGUUGGGUUGUUGUUGUUGGUGUUGCUCUUUUGGCCGUGGCAGACUCGCGAGAGGACUUGGGGGGCCAUUAGGGUGCCGUAGAAGAAGGCGGAGCGGGAGUCUGGGCCUGAAGGGGGAGCCAUGGUAACAUGGUUCUCGAUAAAGCUGUCGCAUCCGUGCUUUUCGCGAGCUGUUAGCGCGCUACACCAAAUAAUGGAAUCAGCGCGAUGAAAUCGCCUUCUUUUUGCCACCCACCUCGCUGUCGCCAUUUCAUGUCGUUGAAAAAUCGAUAUACCACUAGAUCCGAGGUGUUGUUAGUGAAAAUGGCCUCGAAAACGCGUCCGUCACGUGCCAGUCGACCUACUGCAAAGGCAGCAGCAGCUGCUGCCACCACCACCACCGCCGCCACCACCACCCCUGCUGCCACGCGUGCGACUACUACUACCUCAGCGAACCGGACGACUGCCAAGAGGCGUAAAGGUGGUGGUGUGAGCGUGAACGCGAGCGGACGCGUCUCAAAGGCUCGCCGCCGCCUGCCUCUGCUAGACAACGACAAGACGCCAACUGCCUCUCGCGCUCCGUCGUCUCAACUGUUGAAUCAAAUUGAGGAGUCCAUUGAGGACGAUUUUAUCUCAAUAGCAAGCUCUCAGCCAGUGGUAGAACAGGUGGAUUUGACGCCAAUUGAGCGUGAAGAGCUAGUGUAUAGCGCGGUGUGGCAGGCCAUUGUCAGCAAUAUUGAACGAGGAUUGACUAACACCUCUCAAAAGGGCGACGACUUACUAGUGCUGGCCAAGGCUCGGACGUGGGCCACCAACAAGCUCAAUUGCACUCAUAAGAUCGUCCGGACGCUCGCAAUAGCGAGCUGCGGCCGAGAGCUUUACCGAACGGACGUUGAAGAACAGUCGGAUUACGACGAUCUGCUCGAGCGCUUGUGUGCGUGGGUAGGCAAUAGCCACACUGGGCCCAAGAUCCACCUAAAGCUGUACCUAGAGCGUGAAAAGGAGCAGUAGCUCGCUCGGAGCAGCCCUGCUAUCAACACUGCCUCAAGUCAGCGAGCGACCUCAACCUCUCGCCACCUCGCAAACCUACCGGAUGAGGUAGCAGGCCUUGAAGCAGCGGGUGAUUACUCCUUCUCACUGCGUGAGCGGUGGGCCUGUAAGAUCCAGAGC